AUGGACCCUCGUCCCGUUACUCGGAACUCGAUGAUGCAGUCCAGUUCCCAGAGCUUCGACGCUGAUGUUUUGGGAACGGGAGAUUCAUUCGCACCAAAAGAGUUGGGGAGAGACAUGUCGAUCGAGACCUUCUUUCUCGAUGACGCCGAGUCGAGCAUGAAAAUACACCCUCAAGCGGAUAGCAGAGUCUACAUUGAAUCCCGAUCUCGAAAGCAACACUUUGACUUUGAUGUUGUCUUUCUGCACUCGCAUGCUGUGGAUAGAUAUGAUACUUGGAGAUGCGGAGAUGUGUUCUGGCCGGACUACGUCGUCGAUGACUUCCCAGGAGCCCGAGUGGUGUUGUUCAAUUAUGACACCAAGAUAUGGACGCAUUUUGGUGUUGAGGAUAUAGAAAAGACGGCCAGCAACCUAGUACGCGUGCUCGGAAAUGCCCGACAAGGUGGCUACGGGGGAAAGCCGAUAAUAUUUAUCGCACACAGUCUCGCUGGCUUCCUGCUUAAAGCAGCGUGUAUUAAAUGUAUGCAAGACUCCGAAGACUUAAUCGGCGGAAGCAUUCUCCAUUCCAUGAGAGGCGUCAUCUUCCUUGGCACACCGCACAGUUCCGUAUCUGUGGGCGGGUGGCAGCCCAUCUUACAAAGAGUUCAUGAAGUAGCCGGCACGUUCCCCGAAUCUUCUGCCAACUUGGACGCUGUUGCCGUGAGAGCGGCCGUCGACGUCUUGUCAAAGUUCUACCCGGUUCUUGAGGCGACCAAGAUGCGCAUCUUCUCAUUUUUUGAACAGCACGAAGCAUCCGGAGGCAGUUUGCCUAUUCUGGUCACGAGCUUCGAGAAUGGGCUUCAUCAUCCGUGCGAGACGCGCGAGACACUCCCAGGGAACUAUAUCACCAUGUGUCAAUUCGAAAGUCGCCUCGAUCCCGGUUACCUAUUGCUUAGCAAUGCCAUCCAAGCCAUCCUUUCUGUCCCCGGGAACCUCGAUGUGUCCAUCUCCAACACCCCAGUCGCGCUUCUGCCGUCUAGGAUGGAGCUGAGUACUGUAUUUGCUGUCCAAGCUCUUCUGUCUUCAAAAACUCUACACAAGCCAAGUGACCAGGAUGAUAAUGCCACUCUAAUACCGCCAUCCAUCAUGUAUCAAUUCGCCCCCACUGUCAAGCUGCGCCGAUUAAAGAGACUUUUGGCCUUCCCGCAGUCGUAUAUUACGGAUGAUCUUUCUAUGCGCAGCCGAGACACGCUGAGCAAAACCGAAUGGGUAGUGAACAGUCAUGGCUUCAGGGAAUGGCUUGACUCCGAUAGUCUGCUUAUUAUCCGAGGACCCAGAGGAUCGGGGAAAUCGACGCUCACAUACCGAAUAGCUCACUUCCUUGGUGUGGAGAAGGAAGAGGACCUCGACGAUACCCCUCGAAGAUGUGUGCUGAGCUACUUCUAUAGAAAUACUCUAGGCUCGGAUGAUGUCAUUGUUCAGAUGCUCAACCAAUUCCUACUCCAGUUUCUCGAGAUUAUGCCUGUCCUGGCUCGUCACUUCCCGAAUCAUCGUGUUUUUGGUCGUGCGAGACCAAGUUGGCCGGAGUGGGAUGAGCAAAAUUGGACCGCAUAUGACGAGGAUUCGAAAAAGAUGUGCCCUGAUCUAGAUACCUUAUCACGAGAGACCGAGUCGACCCGUGGAUUGAGCAGCAAGGACCUUCUUAUCAGCCCCUUCACUGUUCCGGAACUUGUUGAGAUACUGAUAUCGAUUAUCCACGACGAGCUAGUUGGCGAGGUCAUCAUGGUCAUUGACGGUCUGGACAACUCCUCAGAGAUAUCCAAGUCUCUAUUUCAGCGUUUCCUUGAGUUAAUUGAGACAAUGAGAAGCAAGCAGGUUAAAGUCUGCCUCAGCUGCGAUACUGCUCAGAUACAUUCUUUGAAGCACAUCGUGGCUCUGGACACGCUACAUAACUUUGAGCCUGUUCUUCAACCAGAUGAAAACCUCGAUAUUCUCUUCCGUUCCGUGCACGAGAAGUACAGAGUGAUUCCGUCUAGGAAAAAUGAGUUGAUGCUACUGGCUGGGAAGAUUCGUUCUAUAUGUAUGCGGUCCCACCUGGCUGUAAGUCUGGCUCGUCAAAUCCUAGGCGGACUAUCCUCACUUGAUGACAUGAAAGCAUUCACUGCCACCUUGGAAGAGUGCCGCAUGGGGCAUCUAGAACCAGAAACUGAGAUUGAUAAGCUUUAUCACUGGGCAUUUGAUCAUUUGAUCAUACUUCGCGGAUGGAGGCACAUGAGUCUGCUUUUCUUGAUUGCGGUGGCAGAGCGGCCUCUGAAUCUCGCCGAGGCAAAUGCCUUGGUUCCCUCUCCAUCAGAGUUUGUAUCUUGGUGUGAUGAAGAUUAUAAGAUGGACACUACUCUUUCGGACGAGAGAAAUGCGAGCAAGCCUUUCCCCGAAACUGAUACAAUGCAAGGAGUACAUGCUUUAGAAUCGAAGCUUCUCGGACUGGUCAGAAUUUCCAACGGCAUACUGACCCUCUUUCACCACGAUCUCAAGACUUUCCUCCUGCAGAAAUUGUCUGACAGCCAUCUCAGAUUCCACCUUCAUUAUCAUAUUGGAAUCGCAUGUCUUACGUUGCUCCAAGAUCUGAUACAAGGAAGCAGCCAGAUGACAUACGACCUGGAGAGUCAGAGGUACACGCUGCCAGUCGAAAACUUCAGUUAUCCCUUAAGGUACUGGACCAGGCAUGUCUCUAUAGCCCAAUCAUCUGACCAGUGGGGCAACUACCAUUCGGUCCGGGUUUUGUCUCUGCUGGCCGGCCCCUGGGAUAACGCCGAGGUUCGCGAUCUUAUCCGCGGGUUCUCCCCGGCUAGGCUUCCACCGGUCUCUGCCUUUUCCAUACCUUGUAUACUCGCUGCUCACGAUUUGGCAAAGGUUUUGGAAGUUUUCUAUGUCGAGAUACUAGGGCAACUGCCGCGCAGGGAUAUGAAUCUGUCCCUAGAACAACGAUGUGCCGUUGUGAAUUCUGGAUCUAAGGCGCUGGCCGUCAUGCAAAGGUAUGGACUGGAGAGUGCCUCGAGUGAUCAAUACGGCAGAACCAUUGAGAAUUACAAAGCUUGGGCAGAAUCAAGACAUGACGCGGAGCAGCUUCUUCUUCCUGAUUGGAUCCGCGAGGCUAUAUGGAUAGACAAAAUGGGUAAAUGUGACUGGGGGACAGUACGAGGCAUUGCAAAAAACGCCUUUGAUCACAAAAAAUGGUCAAAGGAUUCCUUUCAGCAAUUAAUUGCUCUUGCUGUCCGCCGAAAUGACGUGGAAUUGGUUGCAGAUCUCCUUGAUGAUGGAGCACGCUGCCAUUAUAUUGACAAAGAUGAUCCACGGAAGCCUUCUGUUUACCAUAUUGCUACCUCAAUAGGCAACACAGAUUUGGUGCAGGAACUCAUCCACCACGCCUCACUAUUCUGCGCCACUGAUGCAUUUGGUAUGCGUCCCAUACACUGGGCUGUUGAGCGCGGCCACCACGAGAUGGUCAAACUCCUUGUCACGGCAACAUUAAACCAAGAUGAGCGAGGCCAAAUUCCACUGUUCAUGGCCUGCGAAGGCGUCUCACCAACUACAGUAUUGGCUGUCUUGGAACAAGGCUUUCCCCCCAGUUUCACUGACAAACUGAAUCGAACACCAAUGCAUGUCGCUUCGUCCAUCGGAGCAACAGACGUGGUUCAGCUUAUUUUGUCCAAAGGGGGAGACCCCGAGGCUCAAGACGACAAGGGAAUCACGCCACUUCAUCUUGCCGCAUUUGGAGGUUGGACCGGUGUAGUUGAUGAACUAUUGGCGUCCGGGGCCUUCACCGAUGUUACUACAAACGACCAGCAAACACCGCUACACUUUGCCUGCGAAUCGCCUAACCCUUCAUUGGAGGUCGUUUUUACUCUCCUACGGCGGCAAGCCAACCCGUACGCCAAAGAUUCCGAAGGCAUGACACCGCUACAUAUCGCAGUGAGGAAUGGAUCAGUUGCAACGGUACAGCUGUUGCUUAAAUCUGUCUCCCACCUUGACGGCGUCGAAGAGCUAUUAGAACUAGCCGAACAAAACCAGGAAAUUACACGAAUAAUCCACACCAUGAUCAACCAGGGAAAGUUUGUCCCAGAGCUUCAAAGCAAAAUUAACGUUGUAUUCGUUCAUGGAUAUUACGAAUCUCCUACCAAGACGUGGUCCGAUGGGUCAGCUUCAUGGCUGUGGCUGUAA